CUUAUGUUUGUGGGGAAAGAUCGGGACUUAUACAAGAGAAACCUUUUGCAAUGGGAGAAACACUUCAUGGAAAAAACAAUGUAGAUAUCAAUACGGAAAUGCAACUAGUAGAGCAGAGGUUGAAACAACUCGUUGAACAAGGUUGUUCAGAAGAAGAAACUAAGCAUGCCAUGAGAGAUCUUGGGUUAAAAAGGGCAAAGCUUUUUGGAUUGCCAAACACAUAUGCCUUCACCAAAAAAAACCCUCUGCUCGGUCGCAGUGGUAUGCCUAUACUCCCAAAACCUCCAGUACUUUUAUCCACAAUGGCUAUGUUCCGUCUCUACACAAGCCUUCGCUUUAAAUUACCUUUACAGAUAUUGGGGUUACUUAGCAUGACACUGCCAUCGCAAUUUGGAGAUAAAUAUCAACAUCAAAACCGUAAAUUCAAGAUAGCCGUGAGAUUGGUUAAACUUUAUGAGCCUUAUCUACUCUUCAAGGGCAUAUUUGAUGAUAGAAACCUGGAAACAUUACGAAUCAAGAACGAAGCCAAAGAGAUGAACGACUUGCCCCGGUUUAGCCCUAAAUGCAUUGAUUGGGAAGAUUAUUUCAUCAAUAUACACAUCCCUGGCCUCGUUACACACUCCUCUCUGGAAAAGUUACAGAAAGUUGUUGUAGAGGAUUUUGGUUUCCAAGAUAAGGAUGCUGAUUUGGAUGUCACUACAGGGCAGACGGUGAAGAGUUUGAUGAGGGAAGGAGGGUUUGGGGCUUGUUACAGAGGGUUAGGAUCAAGGUGGGUCUCAGUGUCCAUGUCUGCAGCAACUAUGAUCACUACCUACGAGUUCUUGAAGCGUCUGUCCACAAAGAAGCAGACAUAG